AUGGCUCUUAUACCCACGCCAAAUGGCUCUUAUACCCACGCCAAAUGGCAGUUUUCCACUCCAAAUGGCAGUUUUACCCAUCCAAAUGGCACUUUUACCCACCUAAAUGGCACUUUUACCCACGCCAAAUGGCAAUUUCCCACGCCAAAUGGAUAUUUCCCACGCCAAAUGGAUAUUUCCCACGCCAAAUGGAUAUUUCCCACGCCAAAUGGAUAUUUCCCACGCCAAAUGGCACGCCUCAAUGGCCCAACAAGUGAUUACCUGCAAACACAACAACAAGUGCCAAGCCUAAAGCAACAAGUGCCAAGCCUAACAAGUGCCAAGCCUAAAGCAACAAGUGCCAAGUCUGAAGCAACAAGUGCCAAGUCUGAAGCAACAAGUGCCAAGUCUGAAGCAACAAGUGCCAAGCCUAAAGCAACAAGUGCCAAGUCUGAAGCAACAAGUGCCAAGUCUAAAGCAACAAGUGCCAAGCCUAAAGCAACAAGUGCCAAGCCUAAAGCAACAAGUGCCAAGCCAAACAACCUGAAGCAACAAGUGCCAAGCCUCAAGCAACAAGUGCCAAACCUGAAGCAACAAGUGCCAAACCUGAAGCAACAAGUGCCAAGCCUAAAGCAACAAGUGUCAAGCCUGAAGCAACAAGUGCCAAGCCUAACAAGUGCCCAGCCUGAAGCCACAAGUGCCCAGCCUGAAGCCACAAGUGCCCAGCCUGAAGCCACAAGUGCCCAGCCUGAAGCCACAAGUGCCCAGCCUGAAGCCACAAGUGCCCAGCCUGAAGCCACAAGUGCCCAGCCUGAAGCCACAAGUGCCCAGCCUGAAGCCACAAGUGCCCAGCCUGAAGCCACAAGUGCCCAGCCUGAAGCCACAAGUGCCCAGCCUGAAGCAACAAGUGCCCAGCCUGAAGCAACAAGUGCCCAGCCUGAAGCAACAAGUGCCCAGCCUGAAGCAACAAGUGCCAAGCCUGAAGCAACAAGUGCCAAGCCUGAAGCCACAAGUGCCCAGCCUGAAGCCACAAGUGCCCAGUCUGAAGCCACAAGUGCCCAGCCUGAAGCAACAAGUGCCCAGCCUGAAGCAACAAGUGCCCAGCCUGAAGCAACAAGUGCCCAGCCUGAAGCAACAAGUGCCAGCAUGGGGGUAACAAGUGCCAGCAUGGGGGUAACAAGUGCCAGCAUGGGGGUAACAAGUGCCAGCAUGGGGGUAACAAGUGCCAGCAUGGGGGUAACAAGUGCCAGCAUGGGGGUAACAAGUGCCAGCAUGGGGGUAACAAGUGCCAGCAUGGGGGUAACAAGUGCCAGCAUGGGGGGAAAGCUUGAGACCAAGGGAAAGCUUGAGACCAAGGGAAAGCUUGAGACCAAGGGAAAGCUUGAGACCAAGGGAAAGCUUGAGACCAAGGGAAAGCUUGAGACCAAGGGAAAGCUUGAGACCAAGGGUAAGCUUGAGACCAAGGGUAAGCUUGAGACCAAGGGAAAGCUUGAGACCAAGGGUAAGCUUGAGACCAAGGGAAAGCUUGAGACCAAGGGAAAGCUUGAGACCAAGGGUAAGCUUGAGACCAAGGGUAAGCUUGAGACCAAGGGAAAGCUUGAGACCAAGGGAAAGCUUGAGACCAAGGGAAAGCUUGAGACCAAGGGAAAGCUUGAGACCAAGGGAAAGCUUGAGACCAAGGGAAAGCUUGAGGAUGUUCUGGAGAUGCAAGAGUUUUACACCCACAUUGUAACCUUUUGUUGA